AUGUCAUUCUUCACUCCUGAUAGGGGCCUCACCACAACGGUGGAUGGGGUUUCCGUCACCGGACUUCAGGCCAAAGAAGCACUGACACGCCAUAGCAGUCUUGCCAUUUAUGGAAACACUGAUCCCUUCACAGCAGUCAGGAAAUUGCGAAAAUGGUCGCAGGAGCUGUCCAGUAUGCCAAACUCACAAUUCAGGUUCUUGGAGAUCAACGGAGCAGGGCAUUUCUGGCGUGAAGACGGGACCGAGUCUUUGAUGAGAAAUGCAAUAAGGGGGUAUAUCUAA